GGGGCCGUCUUUGGUCCAUAGCAUUUUGACUCAAUCAUUUGUAAACUCUCCUUCAGCCACUGCUCCUUCAGCCGGGGCCUCUGCGUCAGUGAUCGCACCUUCGAACUUGUUUCUUUUGCGCAAUGGUCUGCUCCGUCGCAAUGGUCUGCGGGUCGGGCUGCUCCGUCACAGUGGUCCGCUCUCUACUGGUCACCGUCUCUCUGUUGUCGUCUUCAAUCGGAGGAGGUGCCGCUCUGCAUGUGGUGUCCAUGACCCAAGGAGUGUCAGGCAGCAGCGGAUAUAUCACCUCGACAAGCUUGGGGCACUGACAAGCUCGAGGAGAAGUUCGCCAACGUCAAGAAGCGCGGCGUGGAGACAGCCUCAUGGUCACAAGACACGUCUUGGGUCGUUGGCUGGGUAGCAGCGUACAAGACUCAAGUCGGGGCACUGAGUAUGGAUGGUAAUACGAACUCGUUUUGGAAUGCAGGGGGAGGCGGCCUUGGUAGAUAUUACAACGCAUGGUGGAUCGAGUUUAAUAUCCAGCUGCCUGCGUACGCGGUGCAAGGCAUUCGAAUUCAAAAUGUGGGCGAUACGACACAUGAUGGAAAACAGGCUGUGCUUUACGCGUCGACGACGCAAGGCGGAGCAUUCAACACGCUUGUUGCUUCGCUGGGGUCAGUGGCCACUGGAACUAGUAGCGCGCAGGAUUUUGCCAUCGCUUAUGGCUCGCCAGUGCAACAUCUUCGAUAGGUGAUCACACAAACAGGCACAGGUUACCAACCAUAUAUUCGGGAACUCGCGUUUCAACUUGAGGCCAGUCAAACGCCCAGCCCGACGCCCAGCCCGACGCAAGGUCCGACGCCCAGCCCGACGCCCAGCCCGACGCAAAGUCCGACGCCCAGCCCGACGCCAAGCCCCGACGCCCAGCCCGACGCAAAGUCCGACGCCCAGCCCGACGCCAAGCCCGACGCCCAGCCCGACGCAAAGUCCGACGCUCAGCCCGACGCCCAGUCCAGAAAAUGGCGCUGCUGCCAUUGGAGAUCCACACCUGCAGAAUAUUUUUGGGGAGCGGUUCGAUCUAAUGAAGACGGGCAGCCAUAUUCUAAUCAACAUUCCUCGUGGAAUCAGUGCCGAAAACGCAUUGCUUCGAGUCCAGGCCGAGGCGCGUCGAUUCGGUGGAAGUUGCGCGGAUAUGUAUUUCCAAGCACUGAAUGUGACAGGUUUGUGGGCAGAGGCCAAGCAAGCAGGAGGGUACCACUUCGACUCGCACAGUGGUGUCAAUGAGAAUUCGGGAUGGUUCGCUCUUGGCUCCGUCGAGGUCAAAGUUGCUCAUGGGCGAACGCAAGGCGGUACCCUGUAUCUGAACUUCUACGUCAAGCAUCUGCGGAAAGCUGGCUUCCCCGUGGGGGGCUUGCUGGGAGAGGACGACCAUCAGGACGCAACCACGCAGCCAGCUGGAUGUGAGGAGUUGGUGGCCUUGAGCCCAGCUUUUCAGCGCACCAGCACUUCUGCUCGUUCUGUUGCCACCGCGAACUUGGCAUGAGGUUUCUCCAGGUUCACGGAGCCACGCGAGUGUCCUUAUACACGGCAUGGGCGCCAGUGGUUCACUUGUGCCCUCAUCGGCAUUCUUCUGGCUCGCCCUUCUCCUCCUCCCGGUCCUCGCUCGCUCUUUCUCCUCGCUCCUCCUCCCAAGGCUUUCUCCGCCCUCCACGGCUUCCUCUCGUUUUCCUUGCGCUUUUGGGGCGCGGCGCGCGGAGCAGAAGGACCGCGCGCUGCCGAACAGAGCAUGGCCCCUCACCUGCCGCAUAUGUUACGCUGUUACGCCGGUCCUGGUGGCAUCUUGCUCUCCCCUCCUGCUUCAGAGAACAGAAAG